UUUUGACGAAAUGUGUAUUCGUUUUUAUUAAAAAUGAAAACAUUAAGCAAGUGCUUUGAUUUAUUCGAAUUACAAAUCUUUAAAGAUCUCUAAAAAUCAAAAUCUAAAAUAAUUUCAUGAGAUUAAAUAUCUUGUUCGUGAUAAGAAGGUUCUCAUAAUGAUACGAGAAUCGUAAAUCGUAAUAGUAUAUUAUUAUGCAUUGUUAUGAAAUUAUGAAUGAACUACCUUUUCUUGGCUAUCAUGUAUCAAUGCCAUCAUCAUUUUGAAUUCAAUGACACCAUGCAUUUUGGAUUGUAAUUAAUAAUAGGUAUCAUCGAGAUACAUUCAAAAAAUCAAAAUCAUAUACUACAACUCUUGGUAAGUAUACUAAAAUGGGAGAGCUUCCUGGAGAGUUCUCUAAGACAUUCAGAACACAAUACAUCCAUCCAACUACAAAUGAUAUUGACUACGUAAAACAUUUACCAUUUAACCUUGAUAAAGGUCCAUACAAGUCUGAAGACCAUUAUUUAGAUACACAAUUUCAUCUCUUACGCGAAGAUUUUAUUCAUCCAUUAAGAAAAGCUAUACAAUAUUAUCGUAAAAAUAAAUCUACAGUCGGCAUUAACCUGAUAUGCAAUAAUGUAAUAUUUGAUGGUUCUAGAGAGUUUUUUGGAAACAAAUUGGGUUUUAUAUUUAGAUUUGAUCCCAAUGCAUACAACAUCAAUUUAUUUAUAAAUGGGUUCUUAUUACUUUUUUCAAAAGAUGAUUUCAACACAUUUUUUGCUGGACUUGUGCUGAAAGAUGACAUAGAAUACUUAAAACAAGGCAUAUUAUUAAUAGAAAUGCUUGAUAAUAUUGACAUAAGGCCAAACACAAUUUUAUCUAUGGCACAGUAUGAACAAUUUUAUGUACCUUAUAAUUGGACACUCAAAGCUCUUCAACAGAUGAACUCGCAUACAUUUCCAUUGAAAGAGUAUAUAGUAUUUGCCACAAACAAACACUGUGUACCUGAAUACUUAAAUGACAUUAAUUAUCAAAAGUAUGAUAUUGAUGAUUACAAAUUUAAUAUUUUGAAUGAUGAAGAAUGGCCUACAGAAAUAUAUCUGCAACAAGAGAGUAGUCAGUAUGAAGCAUUUAAAGCAGCACUGACUCAUAAAUAUGCUUUAAUUCAAGGUGUUCCAGGAUCAGGCAAAACAUUUAUAGGCCAACGAGUUGUAAAAGCAAUGAUUGAAAAUUUAUAUAUAACAGGGCGACUAAAAAAUCCUAUUGCUAUUAUUUGUAAUAAUAAUCUUACAUUAGAUCAUUUUUUAGAAGGUAUCUUAAAAAUAACUGACAAGCUUAUCAGAAUUGGUAGUCAAUCAAAAUGUGAAGCUUUAAAGAAGUAUAGCUUAAAGAAAAUAGUAAAAUUUAACAAAUUAAAAAUAAAUAAUGUUUUGGAAAAAAAUUUAAGAGUUAAAGAACAAGCCAUUUUAGAUUGUUAUGAGAAAUGUGAUAAAUUGUAUUUGGGUAUUCUGGAUUGGAGUAUUUUGAAAUCUGUGGUACCAAAAAUGGCGUUCAACACUUUUAUAGAUUCAUGGGAUUUUCUAAACUGGUUGUUUCACCCAUAUCCUGUAGACAAGUUGUUUAAAAAAUAUAAAGUAGAUCAUGUAGAAUGCCCUCAACAUUGUCUUAUUUUAGAUGAUGUAAAACAGCGUUUGUCAGAUCUGACAGAACAAAUUGCUGAAGGCAGUGAAUAUCAUUCAUUAAAAAUCAAACAACAAAUUACUAUGCUGAAGAAAUUCUAUGAAUACUUUGAGUAUAUGUUAUCUUUUGAUAACUCAAAAAUAAGUCCAAUUGUUGUAGAUGAUAUCCAUUUAAUUCCUGCUGAUCAAAGAUGGGUGUUAUACUAUAACUGGGUACAUAAAAUUGUUAAUGAUUAUAAAAAUAUUUUAAUUCCAAUAUGGCAUGAGUAUAAUGAAUUAUGUAAAAAACUUGAUGAAGAUAGAUUAACUCAAACUAUAGAUUUACUAGAUGAUAUUUAUGUAAUUGGACUUACUACUACUGGAGCAGUAAAAAAUAAAGAUUUGUUAGAACGUUUAAAACCUCCAAUUGUUAUUGUGGAAGAAGGAACAGAGACAUUAGAACCAUUCAUAGUUGCAUCAUUGACUGAGCAUUGUCAGCAUUUAGUUCUAAUUGGAGACCAUAAAGUAGAACGUCCAAAGACAUCAUCAUACACUUUAGCAAAAACUUAUAAUUUCAAUCAAACACUUAUGGAACGAGCAAUAAAUAAUGGUUUACCUUUAAAUCGACUUAUUAAACAAUUCAGAAUGCGGCCAGAAAUAAUGUCAUUAGUCUUACCAUCCAUUACUGAUCAAUUAGAAAGUAGUGAACAGACAUAUAAUUUACCAAAUGUUAUUGGAAUAACAAAAAAUGUCUACUUCAUUGAUCAUAAUAUUACAGAGGAUAAAAGUCACAUCAAUUUACAUGAAGUUAAAUUUGCAAUUGGACUUGCUCGUUAUCUUUGCUUACAAAAUUAUAAACCUGAAGAUAUAAUGAUUUUAACAUCACAUAAAGAUCAAGUGUAUGAACUCGUAAAGCUUAAAGAUGAAUCUUCACUUAUAAAAAAUAUAAAUGUAUCAUGUGUGGAUAAUUGCUCAUUAAAUGAAUGUGAAAUUGUAAUAAUAUCCACUAUACAUAGCAAUAAAGAAGACACAGGAUUUUGGAAACAUGAAAAUCGGAUAUCUGUGGCUUUAACAAGAGCAAAAUCUGGAUUAUACAUUAUUGGGAACAUAAGCAAUCUUAUAAGCCAAUGUGAACUAUGGAAUAGUGUAAAAAGUUCUCUUCAAAGUUUAUCCUCUAUUGGAAGUGAAUUGACUUUAGAGUGUUCUAUUCAUAAAGGAACAUUAUCAAAAGUUUCCAAAUCUGAAGAUUUUGUGAAUCGAAAAUGUCCUCGUCCUUGUAUGCAGCAAUUAAAAUGCAAUCAUUAUUGUCAAAGUAUUUGCCAUACACGUGAUCGUGAACAUAUGUAUAUGUUUAAAUGUAGAAAUAUAAACUGCAGAUCAGCUAAAUCUUUAAUCCGCUACCCAUUAAGAGACAUAUUUCUAUUAUUCUGGGAGUACAGCAAAAAUAUUAUAUAUAAUGUAAUAAGUCAGCCCAUUUGAAAUAUUUAAUUGUGGUAUUGAUUUAAACAUUUUAACAUAACUGAAAUAAAAAUCAAGUUUUUUAUUUACCAUGUGAUACCUAAUCAUAACCUGCUAGUCAUACUAUGUAUAAAUGUAUUAGAUACUAUAUGUAUUAAUAAAAUGUUCCUAAAUUUAUGCAUAUUUUA